AUGUCCCACAUUUUGAUUUUGCUUGUGAUUCGCCACGAGGAGUAUCUACGCGAGUGUUUUGGCGCAGUUGGUGGUUCCGGAUUAAUCGGCCGCGUUGUUGUUGAUCAUUUCAUCGCGGCAGGAGCGAAAGUUUCAUCUCUCGACAUUGCCUAUCCCAGCGACGCUCAAGCACACGCUACACAAACAAAUCUCGUCACAAUACACUGCGAUGUGGCCAGCGAGGAAUCUAUACAACAGGCCUUCGCAACAGCAAUCCAGAUCUAUGGGCCCGUUGAGAUCUGUAUAGCGCUAGCGUCUCUUGACCUCUCAGUUCUGGAGCCAUCGUCGUUCGCUGAUGCGUCCUUUGCCCAGUUACGCCGUGUACUUGAUGUCAAUGUGGCAGGCACAUGGUUGACAGCACGAGAAUGGAUUCGUGGGUUACGUCAGGCAAAACGAGACAGCAAGCCACUGAACCAUCCAAACUUGGUCAUCAUCGGAAGUGAGAGUGGUCAUUUUGGGGAACGGCAGAACGCAGAGUACAGCCUGGGAAAGAGUGCAGUACAAGGUGGCCUGCUGAUGAGCUUGAGAGCCGAAGUACCAAGGCAGUGGCAAGGCGCUCGUGUCAAUGUUGUUGCCCCGGGACCGGUACAGACGGAGAGAUGGUUUGAAGAGUGCAAGUCUAAUCCAGACCAGUACUACUUCGAGGCUCAAGCCACGACUGCGCUAUGUGAGCCAGUUCCUGUCAAAGCUGUCGCAAUGUCCAUUCUCGCUGUGGCCAGUCACAACUUCAGCAGCCACGUCCACGGUCAAAUCCUAAAUGUAGAUGGCGGCAAACAGGGAAAAGUGGUGUGGACGAGGGACGAGGUAGUUUGACCCCUGGAACACAUACAAUUCGAUCGGCACGCUCUUCCGUGCUGAUACCCAUCAUUGUUGAUUACUUUGUAGACGUCACCUUUAGACGUUACCGGCCAAAAAAAAUUGCACUACAUCAAAUAGACUGCACACAUGAAUACUUACAUCUAUCAUGAUUUGACAGGAAGCAUUGGCAUGUUGCUUGCUUAGCCACAAGGCAUCAAUCAUCUACACACUUAGCGUAAACUCGGAUCACGGACGGAGUUUGAUAGAGGGUCGCGCGGCU